AUGCCGAACUAUAGUUGUAGCCAGAUUCCCGAGCCCCUCGAAGCUUACGGCGACAUCACAGGACUCGGAGUUGUUCUUGCUUUCACGAUUGCAGCAUGGUCGACGAUCCUUAUAUUGAUCGCUUAUUAUCUGUUCGAAUUCGAUCCAAGCCUGAAUCCAUAUCGGAAGAUGACGGAUCAGGGCGAGGAAAUAAUUCCAAUAGCAAAACGAAUACCCAACCCUGCCGAUCAAAUGAUCUACAAACACACAAAACGUCUCAGGGGUUGGUUUGGCCAUCACGCAGACGAGGCGAGUGGCGUUGAGCAAGCAUUCCACAAAGUCCGUCACUACCAUGGUAUCUUUUGUAAGCUCCCUUACUAA